GCUGCCAUCGUCCAUCCAUUUUCCAUGGCUGUGAAAACUUGUACACACCUUUCCUCAUCAGUCUACUCAGGUGUGUAAAGCCUGAAAGUUGCUCAAGCUGAGACCACUUUAUGCUCUCUUCCAUGUAAUUUAAGGUGCUCCUCCAUGGAUCUAGCUUGUUCACAUGGAACUAGCUAGCCAAGACCAUCAUGUACACCAAAAUACUUGCCGCUAUCCUACUAGCCAUGGUGGCAGCAGCAGCACUACCUGUCUUUGGCAAAGAGGCGGCUCCAGCCAUUGACACCGGAAGAGAAGAAGCAGAAGCUCUCCUAUCCUGGAAAGCUACCCUCAGCAACCAAAGCCAGAGCUUCCUGCUGUCAUGGAGUAACAUGUCAUCAUCGCCUUGCAGCUGGCAUGGCAUUCAGUGUGGUAUGGCAAGGAUGAUCACCAAGGUCUCUCUGCCCGGGUUGCGGCUCGGAGGGCUGGCGCCGCUCGACUACUUCUCGGCCUUGAGGACCUUGACGAGCCUCGACCUCUCGCGCAACGAGCUUACCGGGAUCAUCCCUCCGAGCAUCGACAGGCUUCUCGGUGAGCUCCGUGUUCUCCUUCUCCACGGCAACCAGAUAAGAGGCUCCAUCCCACCUGCCUUAGGAAAUUUGGUGCACUUACAAAAGUUGGUCCUAAGUGACAACAUGCUCUCUGGUCCCAUCCCAGGCAGUUUUAGGAAUUUGACCAAGCUCACUACCUUGAACCUUCACCAAAACCAGCUUUCUGGACUAAUCCCUCCUGAAUUGGGUCAUUUAGCUAGCUUAGAGGAAUUGGAGCUUGAGAAUAAUACACUAACUGGUCCCAUCCCAAAAACCUUAGGAAAUUUGACUAGGCUAACUUCCUUGUACCUUCACUAUAACCAACUUUCUGGACCCAUCCCUCAAGAAGUUGCCAAGUUAAUGAAUCUUGGUGAGCUAAUACUCGGUUCUAACAAUCUCUCGGGUACCUUGCCAUCGGGUCUUUGCGCGGGAGGCUGGUUGCAGAAUUUCACUGCCCAUGACAACAACUUGGUUGGCCCCUUGCCAACAGGCUUGCUAAAUUGCAAAAGCCUGUUCAGAGUUCGUCUUGAAAGAAAUCAGCUAGAAGCAGAUAUCUCCGAGAUGGGAGUUUAUCCGGAUCUUGUGUAUGUUGAUGUCAGUUCAAAUAAACUAUUUGGUCAAUUAUCUCAUCACUGGGGUGACUGUCACAAACUCACCAUGCUACGUGUAUCAGACAACAAUAUUACUGGGGUCUUACCACCAAGCAUAGGGAAGUUAUCUCAGCUGAGGAUACUCGAUGUUUCGUCAAAUAAACUUGAAGGGCGUAUUCCACUAGAAAUUGGCAACAUGACGAUGCUAUUCAAUUUGAGCAUGAGUGAAAACCUUCUUGAGGGAAGCAUACCACAAGAAAUUGGAUCAUUAAACAAUUUAGAGUAUUUGGAUUUAUCGUCAAACAACCUAAGUGGGCCAAUACAAGGAUCAGUUCAGCAUUGUUUGAAGCUUCGCUUUCUGAAGUUGAGCUAUAAUCAAUUCAAUGGAAGCAUUCCCAUUGAACUGGGGAUGUUGGUAAACCUACAACAAUUACUAGAUCUAAGUGGGAAUUCAUUUACGGGUGCGAUACCGAGUCUGCUAGGUGGUUUGAACAUGCUCGAAGCCUUGAAUCUUUCACACAAUUCACUGAAUGGAAUCAUUCCAUCAUCGUUUCAGAGGAUGAUCAGCCUCUUAUCCAUGGAUGUUUCAUACAACAAAUUGGAAGGCAAGGUGCCACAAAGUAGGCUCUUUGAUGAAGCUCCGAUAGGAUGGUUUAUGCAUAAUAAGCAACUCUGCGGUGCAACAAAAGGUUUACCCCCUUGUGACCUUACUGGAAGUGGUCGACAAGAGAAGAAGUCAAGAGCUAGUUUACUAGCUAUAAUACCUGCUACUCUAGCUUUUGUACUUAUCGCAACACUAGUGAAAUUACAAUGUAAAAAGGAGAAAUUCAAGGCAGAAGGUGCAAAUGAACCGCGUCAGACAAAAUUGUUUGCCGUCUCGAAUUUUGAUGGAGGUGAGGUGUACAAGCUAAUUGUUGAUGCCACAGAAAAUUUCAGCCAUGCUCAUUGCAUUGGAACCGGAGCGAACGGAUCGGUCUAUAGAGCUCAUUUACAAACAGGUGAGAUAUUUGCAAUAAAGAGGAUUCAUAUGAUGGAAGACGAUGAGCAAUUUAAUCGUGAAAUAGAUGCUUUGGUGCAUAUUCGGCAUCGCAACAUUGUGAAGUUGCUUGGGUACUGUUCCGCUACUCAUGACAGAUUUCUCGUCUACGAGUACAUGGACAGAGGGAGCUUGGCAGCAUCUUUAAAGGCCAAAAACAGUGCGGUUGAAUUGGAUUGGAGAAGGAGGUUAAAUAUCGUUAUGGAUGUUUCUCGUGCUUUGUCUUACAUGCAUCAUGAUUGUUUUGCACCCAUGGUCCAUAGAGAUAUAACAAGCAACAAUAUAUUGCUAGAUCUGGAAUUUAGAGCUCGUGUGUCGGAUUUUGGUAUAGUCAAAGUACUGGCUGGGGAUAGUUCAAACUGCACAAUGCUUGCUGGGACAAAAGGAUACCUUGCUCCAGAGCUCGCAUACACAACAAGGGUGACGGAGAAGUGCGACGUCUACAGCUUCGGCGUGCUCGUGCUAGAGUGUUUCAUGGGGCAUCAUCCGGGCGAUCUUCUUUCUUCCCUCCUAUCAUCAGGGGCCAGGAAAAGCACAUCACUCAAAGAUCUGUUGGACACCAGGCUUCCACUUCCUGAAUCUGAAACUGCAACUGAAAUAUUGAAGUUUACAAUGGUCGCAGUUCAGUGCUUAGCACCUAACCCAUCACGGCGACCGUCGAUGAAGCAUGCGGUCAGUGUGCUGCUCUCUACAGCUCCAGGACCUUGUAAUCCUGAUUAUCUGGACACAGACAUUUUCAUCCCUGUCUAGUGUUCUUUAACAGUUCAAUGUUCCAAUAUAUGUUCUUUGGAGACUGUUAAUAACUAACUUAAACGUUUAGUUGAUGUCUGAAGUCGAAA